UAAUAAUACUCUCUCGUAAUCCUCUCACAGCUGCUUCCUCUGCGCACUUGUCCCACUUUGUAUAUAUUCAUUUCGUUCAAAAUCCCAGAAUCCAAUUAAAAUUCUCUGCAGGGGUUUCUCUCUCUCCUCUACGCCUGCGGAGAGUUUUCUUCUGCAGCUUUAAUGGCAGGAAUGUAGCGGUGAAGCCAGACAAGGGAGGACCAAAGCUUAGAAAAUUAGGGUUUUUUGAAAGAACGAAAUGCCGUUGACGAGGUAUCAGAUAAGGAAUGAGUAUAGUUUAGCGGAUCCUGAGCUUUACAGAGCUGCCGAUAAGGAUGAUCCCGAAGCUGUACUUGAAGGUGUCGCAAUGGCAGGUCUCGUCGGUGUCUUGCGUCAGUUGGGAGAUCUUGCUGAGUUUGCUGCACAGAUAUUCCAUGACUUGCAUGAAGAAGUGAUGGCCACUGCUGCCCGAGGCCAUGGUCUGAUGCUUCGUGUCCAACAACUCGAGGCAGAAGUUCCAUCAAUUGAGAAGGCAUUUCUUACCCAAACCAGUCAUUCACUAUUCCUUCUCAAUGCAGGUGUUGACUGGCAUGCUAAUCUAAGCAUGGAUGAAAAUCUGAUCACUCGGGGAGAUUUGCCUCGAUGUGUUAUGGACUCUUACGAAGAAUGUCGAGGUCCACCUCGGUUGUUCUUGCUGGACAAGUUUGAUGUUUCUGGUGCUGGAACAUGUUUAAAGCGAUACUCUGAUCCAUCAUUCUUUAGAGCAAAAUUUACCUUCUCUGAGACCAUUGGAGCAGAUAUUCAAAGGGAAAAGAAAGCUCGCAAAGGCAAGAAGAAAGGUUCACGCUGGAGGAAUGGAGAGAACCCAGAAUUUUACCCUACAUCACAUGCCAAAUUGCAUCAGUUGCUUUCAGAGGAGCGUAAUUGGGAUAAUAAUGUCCUUGUGCAUCAUAUGAAACUGAAGAAGAGGCAAUUGAAUGGAUUCUCUUCUGAGUCAACUACAGGGAAGAGCUACAUGGAGAGAUUUGUAGAGACCGAUUCACCUGAGAGAUAUUGUGAAAAUUCUUUAGUUCUCCCAAAGCUGAAUAUGGAAUCCAGCAAUACUUGUGAACAGGGUCUUGAAAUACGUGAAAUUAGUACUGCUAGUCCUGCUUCUAAGUUAAUGGAGAGAGAAAUUGGCUUAAUUUCAUCUGCUGAGAGACAGGAAACAGCAUUGGAACAAUCCAUGUAUGACUUGCAUGAGGAUGUCAUCAAGGAAGGCAUUCUAGAGAAGUUGCAUGAACCAAUGUGUGAUAUUGAGGUGGAAAAACUUCCUUCCAGUCUUUAUAAGUUGGAGGAUCAAAAGAAAUUAGUGGUUAAUGUUGAAAGCCAAAAAGAAGUUGAUGGAUACCAAUCUGAUGAUAUCACCAGUGAGGUGGACAAUUACAUGGAUGCCCUUGCCACCAUGGAGUCUGAAAUGGAGACGGACACUGAUAGUAGACCAAAUAAUGAUCGAGGCUUCAUCAACAUCAAGAGGCUUGGGAUGGAUCCUGACACAAAAGAACUGCAGAAACAUCAGGAUGGGUUUUCAGACUCCCACUCCGCUGGAAAUUCCAGUGAAUCAGUUGAGUAUAAUUUAUUCGAAAAAGGAAGAUAUAGUCCUUCCAACAUGGAUACUCUAAGUAAUCUGACUGUGAAAGGACCUCCUGGUCGUGAUGCAGCAGCUGAAGUGGCUACAUCUGUUCGCACUUGCCCACCUGAAAUUGUGGAUUUAUCUUCUGAAAAGCCCUCUGCAAAUGAUUAUAAUUUGGAGUCAUUGGAGUCUGUCGUCCCGGGUGGUUCUUGCAUAGAAGUAUCAGAGAUACCAAGUUCUGGUUCUGAACUUGUAGAAGCUUCUCCUGAUUCCUGUGUUACAGAUUCAAUCUCUAUGACCUCUCAUCAUUUAAGUUCAGGAGCCAAUUUGAAUGAAUUUCAGUUACAGGGGCCAGAUUUUGUUGGAUACAGAGGUCCAUCUUCAAAUACAGAAGAAAAUCUUGUUGCUGAUGUACCUCGCACAAUUAAUUUAUCUGAUUCUAAUUCCAAGAUGAAAGAUGAUAUUCUCUCUGAAGAAUCUAGGAAAAGCCAACAGGUGGAAGUAAUGGAUGGUUUGAGCCGUGAAGUAUCUUCUGAUGCUUUGCUGCAUCGAUCUGACAUCUCAGGCCUUGUGGUUGCAAGAAAAUAUUAUGGCAGCACUUUCGAUACAGUUUUUCCUGCCAAAUGUGCUGAAGAUGCUCCUACUGAUAAUAUUAACAGAAACAGUGAUUCACCACAUUCAAUUACUUUGGCCACAAAAGAGCAGCUUUCUUGCUUGGAAGGACAGGACAUAAAAGUUUGUUUAAGUACUAAGCAAUCUGAAUGUUUACGAGCAACUACCGAUACUAAUGAUCUGGAUGAUGUGAAGUCUGAUAGAAUUGUGGAAACAGAUACUGGAAUCCCAACAACCAGAGAAAACCCAGAAUAUGUGCCAUCAGCUUUAGAUAUUCAAAAGACUCGUAAUUUUGCAAAACAGGACCUCUCAGAAAUGAAAGAAGAGGUUCCACCUCAAGUGGAUUUAGAAGUAGGUAUUGGGAAUUCUGGAGUGGAAACAUUGUACAAUGAUCUGGAAGUAUCGUCUAAUACACCUGAUGGUGGGGUCGGUGAUGAACCUGCACUUGAAGUAGGCCAAUCGAACCCAUGUGGUUCGGUUGGAAAGGAUGCUUCAUCUCCUGAAUUUCCUUCCCUAUAUUUAACACCUGACUCUGCAAAGACUGCACCAGUGACUGAUUAUAGUUUGCAAAUGGGCAGUUUGAGGGACACCACCGUUAACGCAGAGGCUGAUACUGAUAGUGUUACGUAUCGGAAGCUUAUUGGUUCUUGGAAUUGCAUAAAACAGCAAGAAGAAUGCCCUUUGGGAAGCAGAGACUUGAGUGGUUUAGUAAGUGAGGCGUAUCCACAGUUGGAUAAUAUGGAAUCUUUAAGAGUGCAUGUGAAGGCUGGUGGUGAAGAUAAUGCUGAUUGUGGGUGCCUGAAUGGUUCUCCAUCCAGAAAUUUCCUAAAGUUGGAAGAUAUAUGUCAUGCUAACAACGGAAAUGUUAGUGAUAUAGAAAAUGAAGUUCAUUCAAAGUUGGACAAUUUGACUACUGGUGCAGAUCAUACAGAGGCUGAUGUUGCUGAUAUUGCUGAUUUUCCAAACCGGAUUGGUUCUUCAUCAAAGAUUCAGAUGAAGUUGCACGAAGAAUGUCUUAGCAAUGCAGGUUCAGAACAGUUUAAACUGGAAACUAUUGAGACUCGUAAUCCAGAGUUUAUUAUAGGGGAAGAUUCUCAAAAAGAAAUAAAUCAACUGGCAGCUGCUUCGGCAAACUUGGAUGUUCAAGUGAAUAACUCAGAGUCCCGAGGUCUUUCCAGUUCUGAAUUUCCCUAUGAUGUUCAUGUUUCACUGCCAGUUCAACAUCCCCAAAGUCAUUUGCAUCUCAUGAAUAUCACUGAGGUUCCUAAAUCUUCUGUGGAAAUGGAUAAAGAAUUACAAUUUGCUCAACAAAUUCAGCCUUCUGAGAGUGCAGAAGAUCCCAUUUGUACUUCAUUAUCCAACCGAAAGCUAAGAAUUCCUUCAGAACAAGCCCAGGUAUUAGAAGCUAGUCAACUCAUUGUGGAGUCCUUAGAUGGAGAGAGAGAAAGUCCUCUGUUGUCCAAUCUUCUGGAUGAACAAACAGAUUCUCUGGAAGGCAGGGAUCAGAAUUGCUGCCCUAGUUUUCCAUCCAAGAUUUCUUGGUUUGAGAAAACAGAACCUGUGAAACACAGAGGUCCAGAUGGCUCUUCUGAUGGUGCUUCUGAGUUUUCAUGUGGUGACCCUCUCAAGCGACCUCUAGAUUUUUCAUCGGUACCAACCAGCCAAAAUAUGUUGUUGACCCAUGAGCCAACCAUAGAACCCUUGGCUUCAAGCCUUCCUAGCUUUGGCAUGUUGUCUGGAACAGCCCAUGAACAAUCUUCAAAGCCACAGCCAUCGGAAGGUCCGAAUGCUUCUCAGGCUAAUCUGGAAGAGCCGCCGCUGCCACCUCUACCUCCUCUACAAUGGAGGGUCGGAAAGUUCCAACACAGCUCACUUACAGCAGAGGGAGAAAUGGCGCAACCAAGUCUGAACCCAUUCUUACCUCUAGGUUUCACACCAUUAGGAGGAGAGAUUGUACAGCCUCCGAACCCAUUUUUACCACUGAACUCCAGAGAAGGGAAGCAUCAACAUGGUUCCAAGGUGUCAGAGGAAGACAUAGUGCAUCCUGACAUGAACCCAUUCUCGUCACAAUUGCCUGCUGUGGUAGGUGAUACAAACAAUAAUGAGGGUUCUCAAACUUCAGAGGUAGUAGAAGAGAUCCAACUUCCGAACCUGCUCUUGUCGUUGCCUGCAACUGAGGAUGAGAAGCUGGAAUGUGAUUUGCUCCCUUUAGGGGAAGAAAAAGCGCAACCUAGUUUGAAUUCAUUUGCCCCUUCACCAGCUACUGAAGCAGAUCGACCCUCUUCAGACACUUUACAGGGAGAAUCAUGCGAUGUUCAAAAUCUGUUGGAGCCAGAACCAAAUAUGAAUGAUGGGGCCAUCAAAGAUGAGGAGCCUCUGAAUUCGUUUACACCAUCAAUCAUAAAAGAGGAGGAAUCUUUGAACUCAUUUGCUCCUUCACCAGCUACUGAAGAAGACCGACCCCCUUCAGACACUUUACUGGGAGAAUCAUGUGAUGUUCAUAAUCUGUCUGAGCCAGAACCAAAUAUGAAUGAUGGGACUAUAAAAGAUGAGGAGCCUCUGAAUUCGUUUACACCACCAAUCAGAAAAGAGGUGGAAUCUCUGAACUCAUUUGCCCCUUCACCAGCUACAGAAGAAGACCGACCUGCUUCAAACAGUUUACCAGGAGAAUCAUGUGAUCUUCAAAAUCUUUCGGAUCCAGAACCAAAUAUGAAUGAUGGGACCAUAAAAGAUGAGCCUCUGAAUUCAUAUGCACCACUAAUCAUAAAAGAGUCGUCGUCUCUGAACUCAUUUGCACCUCUGAACUCAUUUGCACCACCAAUCAUAAAAGAGGAGCCUCUAAAUUCAUUUGCACCACCAAAUAUUGAGCAUGUGGAGCCUGCAGAUGGUUCCUUAAUGUUAGAAGGAGAAAUGCCUUCAAAUGCAUCUACGUCAUUCACAAACGGAGAAGUUGGGGUUCCAAAUGGCAAACCUCCUAAGAAGCAACCCCGGCCUAGAGAUCCUCUAAUUGAAGCUGUUGCCUCUCAUGACAGAAGCAUGCUGAGAAAGGCGACAGAGCGGGCUCAUCCAAAGAUUGAACAUAAGAUGGAUUCAAUGCUGGAACAGAUAAGAACAAAGCAGUCCUUCAACCUGAGACCUGCGGUAAGACCAAUGCUCACAACACGACCCAGCAUCCAGGGUCCUAGAACCAACUUGAAUGUUGCUGCUAUUUUGGAGAAAGCAAAUGCUAUUCGACAGGCAACAGCUGGGAGUGACGAAGAUGAUAAUGAUAGUUGGAGUGAUUCUUGAUUGGCAUGCAUCCAAGCUAUUCAGGACUACCAUUGUAGCCUUGAGCGGAGCAAUCUGCUUUCAGGUGCUAGUUCCUGCAAAUUAAAAUGGUCAAAGCAGCGAGAAGAUUUCAGUAAUUUCCAAUGCCUAUCCCAUGCUGCUUUCUGUCUCUGUAUAAUAUUAUGUCUUCCCCAUCCCCACCCACUUCUGUCCAAAAGAGAGAGAGAGAGAGAGAGAGAAGAAAAGAAAAACCUUCUUUUUCUAUUGAAAAAUAUAUUAUGCUGUGUAUUUCGACCCGUAGGAAGAAAGGGAGAAAAGGAAAACAAAAGAAUCUCAAUGGCCAGUGGAAUCAAACGGUGGAUGUGUGCAUGACUUUGGGGUGGAGCGUUUCAGCGUGUUAGUGAUGUAUCAUUUUUCUAUUUUUAAAUGUAGAUAUGGA